UAGGCGUUAGCUUGCGAUGUGGUUAUUGUUUAUUUAUUAAGCCCCUAAAUUAAUAAUUUAUUAUCUUUAUUAUUAACCAUCGCAUCUCGGUUUGAAUAGAAACUACUUUUUAGAUUUCAACAUUUGCCGCGCUUUAAUAAAUAAUGUUUUAAAUAAAUUAUACUAAAAGUACUAUACUGUUGGAUAAAAUGGAGUAUUUCAAAUUAUUAGUUUACUUUCAGUCACUACAAACAUCACUACAAAAGGCUUGUAAGGUCUCUCUGUCAAUUAGCAUCGGCUUAGAGAAUAUUAUUAUGUGUCGGGUUACAAAAAUGAAAUUUGUUACUUUUCUUAUGAUAACGAUUUGGGCCCGCGUGGUGCUCACAAAGGAUGCGAACUUGGUGGAUUUUCUUAAAACUUACGUGGAUAAUGAGAGAAAACCUACAAUGGUUGUGUUGACGGGCCUUUGUUGGAAAAAAGACAGAGUGCGUAAUCUAGUAGCUGAUCUGUCAAAGCUUGGAAUUAGGACAUCGAAGCCUCCGUCUAUAGAUAUACAAUCCAAAUACCACGUCGUCAUGCACAAUACAUUGUUCCUGAACGAUUUGCAUUGUCCCGAAACGGCAGAGGUCAUUGAAACUGCUAUUCUACAUAAUCUAUUUCGGUAUCCUCUACGGUGGCUUUUGCUGAAAAACAUGUCCGAAAACUCUUCUGUCAUACUUGAAGACAUACCCGCGUUUGCAGACAGCGAUUUAGUCUUAGCAGAAAUAACAGAAGAAUUAAUUUUACUUACUGAAUUGCACAAACCGAAUGAGAACGGCGCGUUGAUAUCAAAAGAUAAAGGUUACUACAACGGAACUAUGGUAGACGUUAGACCGCAUCGAGAACUCUUCAAACGGCGCAGAGACGUGAUGGGUCGUCCAUUGACAAUGGCGAAUGUUAUACAAGACAGCAACAACACUCGUUAUCAUCUGCCUAGGGAGGAUGCCUUGGAACUCCAGUACGACGUUAUUCCUAAAAUCUGCUGGAUGACCGCGAAGCUAGCGUUCCAAAUGUUAAAUGCCACUCCUCGGUACACCUUCAGCUAUCGUUGGGGGUAUAAAGUGAACGGGCAAUGGUCGGGGAUGAUCAACGAUUUGCACACCAGUAAAGCCGAUUUGGGUACAAACUGCGUUGUUUCCGACGUCGAGCGUCUUUCAGUGGUCACGUACACAGAUAUGUUGGCUCCGUUUCGAGUUAGAUUCGUUUUCAGACAGCCUCCCUUGCCGUCGGUCGCCAAUAUAUUCUAUUUGCCCUUUACCGGGCGCGUGUGGGCAGCUGUAGCUGUGUGCGCGAUGGUUUACACCGCAGCUAUAUACUGGGCGAGUAAAUGGGAGUUUAAUUUAGAGAAGAGAAGUGCGUCUCAGUUCGACGGUACUGUGGGUGAUGCGAUGUUGCUUACGAUGAGUGCACUAAGUCAACAGGGAUGCUUUAUAGAACCUAAAAGAGCUCCAGGUCGCAUAAUGCUAUUUGUACUAUUCACGGCGUUAAUGGCGUUGUACGCUGCGUACUCUGCUAACAUCGUGGUGUUGCUGCAGGCGCCUUCCAAUUCCAUUACGAGCCUUGCGCAGCUGGCCGCAUCCAAGGUCACGUUGGCUGCCAACGAUGUGGACUACAACCAUUUUGUGUUUAGCCUAUACAAGGAUCCGGUGCGAGUGAUGAUACACAAACGCAUCGACCCGGAGACCGGAAACGGUCAGUUCUACAGUCUCGAAGACGGAGUGGAUAUGAUUAGACAGGGUUUCUUCGCGUUCCACUCGAUCGUGGAGCCGGUGUACCGACGCAUCGAAGAAACGUUUCUGGAGACAGAGAAAUGCGACCUCACAGAGGUUGACUUCCUGAGCAGUUUCGAUCCCUUCGUUCCAGUUAAGAAAGACUCUCCUUAUCUAGAACUACUGAGAGUCGUCUUCAAACAAAUCCGCGAGUCUGGUAUCCAGUCGGCACUGAACAGGAGGUACCAAGUGCCGAAGCCUCGUUGCUCUAACAAAGUGGCGGCCUUCAGCAGCGUCGGCAUCGUCGACUUGAGACCUGUUCUUAUAAUGAUGAUCUACGGAAUAAUAUCGUCCUGUUUGAUACUCAUUAUGGAGAUGUUGGUGUUUAAAAUGUAA